AGUCCUUGUUAAUUUUGUGAGCGUUUUAUCGAACCCGGACUGCUAAAAUGGAUAUCGCUGCGGUCUGCAAGAACGGCGUUGAGAUAUACCGCUUCGAUCUCAUCGAUAAGUCGCUGAAGAAGCUCACAACAUUAGAGGGAUCUCAUGUCACCAAUGCGGAAGGUUUCCAUUGGAACGCAGAUGGCACGCUCUGUGCUUGUAUGAACAACGAGAACGGCAUUACCGUAUACGAUGUAACCAAAGACUACAAAGAUAUCGUUAUGGUGGCCACGCCCAAUUCCAAGGGCUUCAAAUAUUUUUACUUUUCUCCUCUGUCCAGUUAUAUGGUUACGUUCGAGAGGUACGACGCUAAGCGUGAGUUACCGAAUCUAGCCUUGUGGAGUGUUGCGGGUCGAUGCAAAGCAGUCGAGAGCCGCAUGAAGAGGAUGAAUAAGCAUCUAUGGCCAGCAAUGAAGUGGACUGAUGAUGAAUCCUAUUGUGUGCGGAUACUCCCCGACGCUGAUAUUCUGCAAGUAUUGAACUCGACGAAAGCAACAACCAACGAGCAGACGAUUCCGGGUAUACAGCAGAUCGAGUUAUCUCCUUCGGGGCGUGAGGUCGAGAGCGAGCCCAAGGUGGCUUGUGUGGUGUCCAGAGGAAAGGAGAGGCGCCCAGCGGUUCACGUCUCGAUGCUGAGCGAUCCUCAGAAAUUCGUUUUGUCAUACAGCUUCCCGGAGGGCGAUGACAUUACCCUCUACUGGAAUGCCUCGGGGACUAAGCUUCUUGGCCUUCUCAGCUUGGACGUGGACGAAGCCGGGAAGAGCACGUAUUAUGGCACUAACAUGCUGUAUCUAUUCGACAUGGUCAAUAACGUCGUGUCGAGGGUCGCAUGCAAGUCCCCUAUACAUGAUAUAGGAUGGUGUCCAGGGAACGCUAGGAAGGGGAAAAUCGGUAAAACUGAGGAGGCAGAGGAGGAGUUCAUCCUCAUUGCCGGUCCGAUCCCUCCUGAGACGACCCUACUGAGUACGGCUAGUAUAAAGGACAGUGCAUCGGAUUCGGGAGGCACCGAGAACGGUUCGGCUGGUCAACGGCAUCUUGAUGUUGUACAUGGUAUGGGUAAAACUAAGCGCAACACUGUUUGUUGGAACCGUUAUGGGCGAUACGCUGUAGUGGGUGGGUUUGGUAAUAUGGCCGGCGAGAUGGACUUCUGGGAUAUGGCUGAAUGCAAGGUUGUAGGGAGUCUCCGGGCCGAAUGCCCAGUGAUAAGCACGUGGGCACCUGAUGGCCGUCACUUCUCGACAGCCACCACCUGGCCUCGAAUGCGGGUUGAUAACAAGAUUGAUAUCUACUCCUAUAAUGGCCGUUUGAUAUGUCGUCAUGAAUUCAAUGAGCUUUACUCGGCAUCAUGGAAGCCUUCUGCUGCAUUCCAUGAUGUACCGAGCUCUCCUCGAGCACUAGCGACGGCAUUGGAUGGGCCAUCGGCUCCAGCGGCCUCGAAGGCUUAUCGUGCGCCAGGAAAAUCCCCUCAACCGGGUUCCCAAGACGAUAGCGAGAGUAACGGUGGUCACGAUAGCAUGAACGAUGAGGUCUCGGCUGAGGAGGAGCGUCGUAGAGGGCUGUUUAGUGCACUUUUGAGAGGGGAGGUUGAUCUCGAGGAUCUAACUCCGGAACAGCGCGCUGCCUAUGGCGGUGAUAGAGCGGAUAAAAAGAGUGGUAAGCAUCCUAGUGCUAGAGGUGAGUUGUCCCCUAAUGGCACCGAAGCCCUCUUGGAGCCGAACACCACCGCCACCACCAAACGGUUGUCUCCGGUGGCCGCGGCAACUCCUCCGGUUCCUCCUCCUGCUCCUAUGGUGGCUACUCCCCCACCGAGUCCGCAACGUCCAAAGCUCGCCCCAGCUCCGGAGCGUGGCUGGUACUAUAAAGACUUAUCGGAUACUGUUCAGGGGCCUUUCACACGGGAAGCUAUGCGAAGAUGGUUUGAACAGGGGUACUUGAAACCUGACUUGUUGCUGCGCAUCGGCAAGAGCUCGAGUUUCCGCUUCCACCCAUUGAGGGAGCUUUUCCCCGCUCCUGUGGACUCGCCCAACCCUCGAGCCAGCGCACCUUUUCUGGACUUGAUGGUGGCCCCUUCUGAUUGGGUUACGCAGAUGAUGGAGAUGGUGAGAGAGAAGCAUCAUCAACAAUGACCAGCAGCGGAGUUGACUGUUUAUCGUUACUGCUACUAGCACUAUUACCACCACUAUAGUUUCGAGAGGCAAGCAAUGGCCCAGUUACGGGG